GUUCCACCAAGUGAGAAGAGUGAUGACCAUCCUUUUCCUUACUAUGGUUAUCUCAUACUUCAGUUGCAUGAAAGCUGCCCCGAUGAAAGAAGCUAGUGUAAGAGGACAAGGCAGCUUGGCUUACCCCGGUCUUCGGACCCACGGGACUCUUGAGAGCCUAAAUGGGCCCAACGCUGGUUCAAGAGGACUGACAUCGCUGGCGGACACUUUUGAACAUGUCAUAGAGGAGCUUCUAGAUGAGGACCAGGACAUCCAGCCCAGUGAGGAAAACAAGGAUGCAGACUUGUACACAUCCCGAGUCAUGCUAAGCAGUCAAGUGCCUUUGGAACCCCCCCUGCUCUUUCUGCUCGAGGAGUACAAAAACUACUUGGAUGCUGCAAACAUGUCCAUGAGGGUCCGGCGCCACUCUGACCCAGCUCGCCGUGGGGAACUGAGCGUAUGUGACAGCACGAGCGAGUGGGUAACAGCGGCAGAGAAAAAGACUGCAGUGGACAUGUCCGGGGCAACUGUCACCGUCCUGGAAAAAGUCCCAGUACCCAAAGGCCAACUGAAGCAAUACUUCUAUGAGACCAAAUGCAACCCCAAGGGGUACACAAAGGAGGGCUGCAGGGGCAUAGACAAGAGGCACUGGAACUCGCAGUGCCGAACUACCCAGUCUUACGUGAGAGCUCUCACCAUGGAUAAUAAAAAGAGAGUUGGCUGGCGCUUUAUAAGGAUAGACACUUCCUGUGUAUGUACAUUAACCAUUAAAAGGGGAAGAUAGUGGAUCUGUGUUGUAUAGAUUAUAUUGAGACAAAAUUAUCUAUUUGUAUAUAUACAUAACAGGGUAAAUUAUUCAGUAAAAAAUAAUUUUAUGGACUGCAUGUAUAACUGAAGUUUAUACAGUACAGUGGUUCCACAAUCUAUUUAUUGAACAUAUCCAUGACCCAAAGGGGAACAAAAGUCAUUUGCGCACAAGUUUAAAAAAAAGAAAAAAAAACACACACAAAAAAAAGAAAAAA